GCCCAGCGGCGCGAGCCGGGCGUUCUGGCAGGCGGAGCUCUACUUGCGGAGCCUCCAGCCCGAGGUUGGCGCCGCCCCGGUCGAGGAGGCGGCCGAGGAGGCGCGGGAGAAGGUGGAGGCCGAGCCGGCCGAGCUGCAGCAGGCCCUGCGGGGCAGCACCCUGCUGGCGCGGCAGAACUACGUCCCCGGACCCCUCCGGCGCCGCGACGCCAUCUGGGUGGGCCCUAAAAUCGUCAGCGGCACCGUAACGGGUACUCACUGA